CAGCGGAGGCGCCAUUGCCUCACAGGCGCUGUAGUUCAAGUUUUCCUCCCCACACAUGGAAAGUCAGUUAUGCGGAGAUAAUAAAAAGACUUCAAGCCCCAGCGUCGGCCGCGGCUCUUUCUCCUCGUCGAGCAGAGGGGGGAGUAGUCACAGCUGGAAGAAGGAUAAUAAGAUGCGCAUGAAUUUACAAUCUGGAAUAAAAAGAUAAGAAAGACAAAUAAAUGGACGGCUCGGCUCUCCUCCGCGCGCCCGUGCGUCCAAGUGAAGUCGGUGUUCGUUGCGUGUAGUCGACGCCGCUGCGCCUUUUCGUGCGUAAUACUACCAGAAGAAGAAGAAAGUGCAGGGUAGUAAAAGUUCAGGCUCAGUUGAUGGAGUUAAAAAGUUUCUUCAGUCCGCUCACAAUGGAGAGAAACGCGCCCUUCGCUCACUGUGAAGGUUUCCUGUGGUCGGAGUGGAUUACUGACUUCAGUAAGGAGAGGGAACACCACUGCAGGGUAUGAAGCUUGUGGCGGUGAUUCUACUGCACACGCCCGCGGAUGGUCCCGAGACAUUUCCUCCAUCACCCUCCCACUUCAUUGAUGAGUGUGUGGUGUGUGAGCCCAGGUGGGCGGACAUGUUACUACCCUCUUCGUUUCUAAAAGAAACAAUGUCACUUUGAUAAAACAACAAACAUCCAGUGCUCAGUCACUGCGACUGAUGAGGACCAAAGAUUCCCCCCGACCAAGAGUUCAUCCCGACUCUGAAUCCUCCACUAUUCAGCAGUUCACGUCGCCAUUGGAAGAAACCCAAUGUCUGCCUCCUCUCCCCCGUCCUUACCUCGAGCCUACCUCCACUCUCUCCAGCCGCACCACCCGCCCUCCUCGCCUGGACCGCUCUACACGCGGCUGUCCAACGGCAGCCACAGCGCCCCAAGCCCCACCAACUCCCGCAGCUCCUUCCACGGGGUGUCCUUCCUUCUGCAGAUCGGACUGACCAGAGAGACGGUCAACCUGGAGGCCAGUGACCUGUCGCUGUCCGCCGUGAGGGACCUGGUGUGCUCCAUAGUGGACCAGAAGUUCCCCGAGUGCGGCUUCUUUGGCAUGUACGACAAGAUCCUGCUGUUCCGCCACGACCUGAGCGACGAGAACAUCCUGCAGAGGCUGACCUGUGCAGAAGACAUUCAUGAAGGAGACCUCAUCGAGGUGGUGCUCUCUGCUCAAGCGACAGUUGAAGACUUCCAGAUCCGACCCCAUGCCCUUUUUGUCCACUCCUACAAGGCCCCCACCUUCUGCGAUUACUGCGGGGAGAUGCUCUGGGGUCUGGUGCGGCAGGGGCUCAAAUGUGAAGGAUGUGGGCUGAACUACCACAAGCGCUGUGCCUUUAAGAUCCCGAAUAACUGCACCGGUGUGAGGAAGAGGCGACUGUCCAAUGUCUCCCUGCCCGCACCGUCCCUCUCUGUCCCCCGACCGGCACCUGCUGAGAAUGCCGUCGUCAUCCUGGAUGAGCAGCAGAGGUCCCAUCAGGAGGCGGGGAAGCGGAUCCUGUCCUGGAGUGGCAGGCCGAUCUGGAUGGAGAAGUUGGUGCUGGGGCGGGUCAAGGUGCCGCACACCUUCGCCAUACACACCUACACGCGGCCGACGAUCUGCCAGUACUGCAAGCGUCUGCUCAAGGGUCUCUUUCGCCAGGGCAUGCAGUGUAAAGAUUGCAGAUUCAACUGCCACAAACGAUGUGCUUCGAAGGUGCCAAGAGACUGUUUAGGAGAGGUGGACUUCAAUGGAGAGCCGGCCAGCCCCGGCCCGGAUUCAGACACGACCAUGGACACGAUGGAGGUGGACAGUAGUGACAUGGAGGGCGGCAGAGGACUGGAUGACCCAGAGGAACCCUCGACACCAGAGGAGAGGAUGUUCGACAUGGACUCUCCCUUCUUGGAUAGAGAAAAGGAUGAAGAGCCCAUCAAGAUGAUUAGUCCUUCCACCAGCAGCAACAUCCCUCUCAUGCGGGUGGUCCAGUCCAUCAAACACACCAAGAGGCGGAGCACCACUGUAGUGAAGGAGGGCUGGAUGGUGCAUUAUACGAGCAGGGACAACCUGCGGAAGAGACACUACUGGAGGCUGGAAGGCAAGAGUCUGAGUCUCUUCCAGAACGACACUGGAGCCAAGUUCUACAAAGAAAUCCCUCUGUCCGAGAUCCUCCAGGUCGAGCAGUCCAGAGACUACAGCAGUCUGGCCCAGGGCAGCAACCCUCACUGCUUCGAGAUCAUCACAGGCACCAUGGUGUACUACGUGGGAGAGAACAACGUCAGCCACUACCACAGCCCCGCUUUGGCUGCCUCGGGGGUGGGCAUGGAGGUCGCCCAGGGCUGGGAGAAGGCCAUCAGACAGGCCCUGAUGCCCGUCACCCCCCAGUCCAGUGUGGCCAGUGGUGCCGGACAGGGAAAAGAUCACAAAGAGUUGUCCAUCAGCAUAUCUGUGUCCAACUGCCAGAUCCAGGAGAAUGUGGACAUCGCCUCGGUGUACCAAAUAUUUUCUGAUGAGGUGCUGGGGUCAGGCCAGUUCGGCAUCGUGUAUGGAGGCAAACACAGAAAGAGUGGCAGAGAUGUGGCCAUUAAAGUCAUCGACAAGAUGAGGUUUCCCACCAAGCAGGAGAGCCAGCUCAGGAACGAGGUGGCCAUAUUACAGAAUCUGCACCACCCAGGCAUCGUGAACCUGGAGUGCAUGUUCGAGACGCCAGAGCGGGUCUUUGUUGUCAUGGAGAAGCUGCACGGCGACAUGCUGGAGAUGAUCCUGUCCAGCGAGAAGAGCAAGCUGCCCGAACGCAUCACCAAGUUCCUGGUCACACAGAUCCUGGUGGCCCUGAGACAUCUGCACUUCAAAAACAUUGUUCACUGUGACUUGAAGCCUGAGAAUGUACUACUGGCUUCUGCAGAGCCCUUUCCUCAGGUGAAGCUUUGCGACUUUGGCUUUGCCCGCAUCAUCGGCGAGAAGUCGUUCCGGCGCUCUGUCGUGGGCACGCCGGCGUACCUGGCCCCAGAGGUGCUGCGCAGCAAAGGCUACAACCGCUCCUUAGACAUGUGGUCGGUGGGGGUCAUCGUGUACGUCAGCUUGAGCGGGACGUUCCCCUUCAACGAGGACGAGGACAUCAACGAUCAGAUCCAGAAUGCUGCCUUCAUGUACCCUCCUACGCCCUGGAAGGAUAUCUCCCCCGAAGCCACAGAUCUGAUCAACAAUCUUCUCCAGGUCAAGAUGAGGAAGAGGUACAGCGUGGACAAGUGUCUCAGCCAUCCCUGGUUACAGGACUAUCAGACGUGGCUGGACCUCAGGGAGUUUGAGACGCGACGCGGGGAACGCUACAUCACCCACGAGAGCGACGACGCGCGCUGGGAGGAGUACUCCGACGAGCACAGCCUCCUUCACCCCAAACACUUCAUCAUGGCUCCCAACCUGGACGACAUGGAAGAAGACCCCUAGGGGCUCGGGGGACUUACUACACAGCAUGUGUCCAAGUAGAAAGGCUUGUCACAGGGACUUUAUUUGCAUGAAGCUUUUGGGAGCGCCGGAUUUCCCCCUCCUGGACUGUUUGUUGUGGAAACAGAGACAAGCCAAUCAGACGGAGAGUUCCGCUCCGCAGGCUUUGAAAGUUGGGAAAACCCCGAGAUCGUGGCUCGAUGCUCCGCUACAAGAAGCAGGCAGGUGGAGACGCAGGCCGCAGAAACGCAUUCAACAAAAGGAGAGAAAGAUGUUCUCUCCUCCUUUUUGCACAACAUCAAAACAUUCCAUGGAUUUUUUUUCUCCACAAGCCAAAAUAUGCAAUGUGAACGUUGAGUGAGUGUACAUAGGAUUUAGAUGAAUUUUGAGUAAGGGCAUGGCUCUUAUGUUCAGUGUGUGACAGACGAGUUCAGAGCGAGAUCCUACCCCAGGAGAAGAGGGCACUUUUCACAAGGGAUUUACAGCCUGAGAAUCAAACGCGCUCGGGUCGGCUCUCGCGUACGAGCUGUUUGUGAGACUGUCCUUCGGCAUGAAACUGGAACCAUCACAUGUAUUUGUAUGUUGUUUGUUUUUUUAAUGUAUUUAGUAAAUGUGGUAUGGUUUUUGCACUAUCUUACCACGGAGCAUAGCAAAUGAAUAGCGAACACUAUUCGAUGCUACGGAGAGCAGACGACUGUCCGGUCGAGGUGCAAAGAGUCAAAGGAGGUUGAUGCAGCUCACACAGCUUUGGUCCCUGUGUGCAUCCCAUCAGGUGUUUUCAACAUUACAUACAGAUCUGUUCUUAGUGUUUACGUUUUAUCAACUUUCCUGACCCUGACCAAUCAUGUUCACAGAAGCUGUUUGUUUUUCAAACUAUUUAUCUCAAUCAGUAUUGUUUUCUUUUGUUGCAGCUAUAAGAUAAGAUAAGGUAUGAUAAAAUAAGAUCAACUUUAUUAUACUUGAGAGAUGCUCUUUAAGUCAGAAUGAGGUGGCCAACAGAAUAAAAUAGGCAACAAAAUAAA